CUCGACCCUCCGAGUCUGCGCGCGAUGCUCGCGGACCUGGACAAGCGCGCGUCGGAGGCGACGCUGUGGGACGACCCGAAGAACGCGAAGGCGGUCAUGGAGCAGCUCGCGGACGUCCGCGAGCAGCUCGAGCUCGCGGCCGCGUUCGAGGACAAGCUCGGGGACGCGCGGACGGCGCUGGAGAUGAUCGCGGACGACCCGUCGUCCGACGUCGUCCCCGAGCUCGCGUCCGAGAUCUCCGACGCGAUCGCCUCUCUCGAGGCCGCGCUCGAAACGUGGGAGACGCGGCGGCUCCUCGUCGGGACGUACGACGCGCUCGGCGCGACGGUGUUCAUAAACGCCGGCUUCGGCGGCUUCGACGCGCACGAGUGGGCGGAGCGGCUCGAGUCGUGUUACGUCGCGUGGGCGCGGCGACGAGGGUUCGCCGUCCGCGUGGAAGCUCGGACGCCCGGGGAGGAAGUCGGCCUGCGAUCCGUGACGCUGGAGAUCGACGGCCGGUUCGCGUACGGGUACCUCGCGAGCGAGAAAGGCGCGCACCGCAUGGUGCGAAUCGGCGGCGUCGCGGGGCAGACGCCGCGCGGGAGACAUUCGAAUUUCGUCGCCGUGGACGUCGCGCCGACGUUGGAGGAGAAGGCGCGUUCUAUACACUGGUCCCCAUACGACCGCGUUCGCGUGAUCACGACGAUGCGCAGCGGCGGCGCGGGCGGGCAGAACGUGAACAAGGUGGAGACCGCGGUGCGGAUGAAGCACCUCCCGACCGGGAUCGUCGUGCGGUGCGAGGAGGAACGUAGCCAGGCGAUGAACCGCGCCAAGGCGAUUGCGCGGUUGAAGGCGAAGCUCGCCGCCGUCGCGGAGGAGCGGCGGCUCGCGGACGUCGCCGCGGUGCGAGGCGACGUCGUGAGAGCGGAGAGGGGGCAGCAGAUCAGGAACUACGUGCUGCAUCCGUACAAGUUGGUGAAGGACGUGCGGACGGGGGUUGAGACGAGCGACGUGGACGGCGUGUUGAGCGGC